GCAAAGAGACUCUGUUUGGUUUUUGUUGCCAGUCUUCUGCAGCCUCAGCAUCCAAGACAGACUCCUCUCCUGAAGCCUCUUGCCUCCUUCCAUGCCAGCUCCUUCUCCUGCCUCCUUGUCUCCCUGCCAAGCUGACCCUGGAAGCUGAACUUUCGCCUCUCCUCCUCCUCUUCCUGCAAAGCCCAGAAUCCACAGACAUGAAGCCCAGCGGAGCCUGGCUUUGGUGGACCAUGGGCAGCCUGAUGGCUGCGGGGCAACUGCAGCAGGGCAUGCCUAAUGUGUGUCCUGAACAUGAAUUGGCAAUGGUGGGACAUCGUCAGCCAUGUGUUCAAGCAUUCACCCGCAUGAUGAAAAUAUGGAAACAGGACUGUGUGGUGCAAAGGUGGUGCUUACAUUAUGAGAGAAGGACAAGCUAUUAUACGAUCUAUAAGCAAGUAUACAGAAUGGAACAUCACACUGUCUUUAAGUGUUGCCCUGGAUGGAAUAGGAAGAAUGAUGAUGAACCUGGAUGUCUACACUCUGUAUGCUCUCAAGGCAUUUGCUUCAAUGGAGGGAAAUGCUCUGAAGGAAUUUCCCCAGUGUGCCAGUGUUCAGUGGGGUUUCAGGGGCCACGCUGCCAAUAUGAUGUGAAUGAAUGCACACUCGAGAAUGGAGGUUGUCAAGACCAAUGCUGCAAUACCAUCGGCAGUUUCUACUGUAAAUGUCCAGUUGGCCAGAAACUGGGGGAAGACAAGAAAUCAUGUGAAGAGAUUGACCCCUGUUUGAAUGGUAAUGGAAGGUGUUUACAUAUCUGCCAAAACGAGAGUGGAUUUGCAAAGUGUGAAUGCUACUCUGGAUACCACCUUUCUGCAGAUGGGAAGUCAUGCACAGGUCGGUAA